AAAGGGAAGUAAGACAACAAAUUGAACAUAUGCACGCCUUUGACUUAAGAUUGCAUAUUGAGAUGCCUUAUCAUUAAGGAGAUAUCCAUAACAAACUUUUGCUGGUUUUUCAUUUGUUUACAGCAUAUGCUACCCGCAUUUUAUGUGAGUUGUAGUGAAAUGUUAAGUAAAUGGGAGGAGAUUGUUCCAAAUGAAAAAUCAUUUGAACUCGAUGUGUGGCCAGACCUUCAAAUAAGGACCAGUGAAGUUAUAUCUCACAUUGCAUUUGGAAGUAGCUAUGAAGAAGGAAGAAUGGUAUUUGAACUUCAGCAAGAACAAGAUGAAGAUGUAAUUGAAAAGGGACAAUCAAUUUAUAUACCUGGAUCAAGGUUCUUGCCUACUAAAAGGAACAAAAAAAUGCUUGAAAUCGAAGAGCAAGUCCAAACAACAAUUAGGCGUAUCAUCGACAAAAGAUUGAGGGCAAUGGAAGGAGGGGAGACUAGUAAAGAUGACUUAUUAGGCAUAUUACUUGAAUCCAAUUUGAAAGAAAUUGGGCUUCAUGGUAGAAAAGAUUUUGGAAUGACUAUAUCAGAAGUGGUAGACGAGUGCAAACUAUUCUAUUUUGCUGGACAAGAGAGAACUUCAGUGUUACUCGUAUGGACAAUGAUUUUGCUGUGCUUACAUCCAGAGUGGCAAGUACGUGCCAAAGAGGAGGUGUUACAUAUCUUUGGAAAUGAUAAACCAGAUUUGGAAGGAUUAAAUAGCUUGAAAAUUGUAACAAUGAUCUUGUAUGAGACGUUAAGGCUAUUCCCCCCAUUGCCAGUGUUUGGUAGAAGGACUAGUGAGGAAGUCAAACUGGGAGAUCUAAAUGUACCAGCUGGAGUGAUACUUAUUAUACCCGCCAUCCUAGUACAUUAUGAUAAGGAAGUAUGGGGUGAAGACGCGAAGAAAUUCAAACCAGAAAGAUUCAGUGGAGUGUCAAAGGCAACAAAAGGACAAGUCUCAUUUAUCCCAUUUAUCUGGGGAACCCGUGUUUGCAUCGGACAGAAAUUUGCGAUGAUGGAAGCAAAAAUGGCAAUAGCAAUGAUACUACACAAGUUCUCCUUCGAGCUCUCUCCAUCUUAUACACAUGCUCCAUUUGCAACAAUUAUUAUUCAUCCACAGUAUGGUGCUCCUCUGCUUAUGCGCAAACUUUAA